ACAGUGUUGCAUCAAUGUGAAGGUAUUGCAAGUGCUGAAAGCAUGCUUAAUUGGCAGUAUUCUGCUCUUGGUAGUACAAACCUACCAUCUACGAUGAGUUCUCCAUCAGGAUUAUCAGAUGCUGAGGUCAAGGCACUUUGUCAAGAUCCAGAUGCUGAUACUAAGGAUUUCAUCGUGCAGCAGAUCAUGUUUCACAUGAAAGAUCCAAGGAAGUCUUUGCCCUUCUACACAAAGGUAUUGGGAAUGAGGCUACUCCAAAAGCUGGACCUCCCAGAGUACAGGCUCUCAGCGUACUUUGUGGGUUACGAGAACGAGAGUGAGAUUCCUUCCGGCGAUAAAGAACGGACGGAGUGGACUCUUUCUCGUAAAGCCACGCUUGAGUUGAUACACAACUGGGGGACAGAAAACAACCCUGAUUUGAAGUACAAUGACAGUAAAGACCAGUUUAAUGGAUUUGGACACAUCGGCUUGAACGUCCCUGAUGUGGAUGCCGCGUGUGCCAGGUUCGAGAAGCUAGGCGUGUCGUUCAAGAAGAGACCUGAGGAUGGAAGAACGAAAGGGGUAGCCUUUAUUAAGGAUCCUGAUGGAAACGAGAUAGAAAUUUUGAAUGCAACAGCAAUGGCUGAAGUUCUUCACUAAUAUAAAUAAACACAUUACGUAAAGUAUAUUUAUGUCUACUGUGUGUCCCUAUAAUGUAACUGAUAUAACUAAAGUUGAAAUGCGUUGAUUUAUUUUGCGAAAUAAAUGUAUUGCAUAAAUCCUAAUGCCUUCUACUAAUGUGCUUCACUAACGUUACUUAGCUUUAUCAACUUAAUAAUAAAGAUAUUAAUAAAAUUA